AAUAGGCUCCCAAGAAUAGCAACAGCCUGUGUCACUGGAAAGGGCAAAGCCUGCUGAAAUAGCAGCAAAGUUGUUCACAAACCACUUUGCGGUUUGCGCUCCGUUUCAGCCAGCUUCACUAACUUGUUGCCAUGAGGAAAAUAACCCGUGUGCCCCUCACCAGCUGGGGAAGGGCCGCUGCCUGGUAAAGUGCUUCAUGCCCAAGGUGCAACGGGAGCACUGGGGCGGCGAUGGCACCUGGGCAGAGCAGGGAGGACCUCGGCCAGCAGCGCCAGGCAAUGAGAGCAGAGGAGGAUGAGGAUGACAGCAGAGGCGGCCGCCGUGGCAGCAGCAGCAGCAACCUCCACAAGCUUCCCGCUCCGCCAGGCUGUGGAACAUUUACUUUUCUGUCAUCUGUGAUUGCUGCCAUAAGUGGACUUCUGAUGGGUUAUGAGUUGGGACUUAUCUCUGGAGCUCUUCUUCAGAUGAGCAGCAUACUAGCGCUCUCUUGCAAAGAACAAGAAAUAGUUGUAAGUUCCCUUCUUUUUGGGGCCUUAUUUGCAUCCCUUACUGGUGGAUUCCUGAUAGACCGAUUUGGAAGGAGAUUUGCUAUUAUUAUUGCAUCUUCUUUACUUGUUUUGGGGAGUCUGAUCUUACUGCCCUAUGAAUCAUAUGGAAUACUUAUUGUGGGACGGAUUGCCAUAGGUAUUUCCAUAUCAUUAUCAUCAAUUGCUACAUGUGUAUAUAUUGCUGAGAUUGCCCCACAGCACAGAAGAGGCCUCCUCGUAUCUUUAAAUGAACUCAUGAUUGUGAUAGGCAUUCUUUUUGCCUAUAUUUCAAAUUAUGCAUUUGCCAGUGUAUCUCAUGGCUGGAAGUAUAUGUUUGGCCUUGUGAUUCCAUUAGGUGCCUUGCAAGCUAUUGCCAUGUAUUUCCUUCCUCCAAGUCCUCGGUUUCUUGUUAUGAAAAAUAACGAUGAGGCUGCAAGAAAAGUGCUGGAGAGGCUACGGGAAACUUCAGAUGCUACCAAAGAACUUUCUGUGAUCAAGUCUUCCUUGAAAGAUGAACACCAGUAUAGUUUCUUAGACCUGUUUCGUUCAAAAAACAACAUGAGGGCCCGGAUGUUGGUAGGACUUACUCUAGUCUUUUUUGUGCAAACAACAGGACAACCGAACAUUUUAUUUUAUGCAUCUACUGUUUUGAAGUCAGUUGGGUUCCAAAGCAAUGAAGCUGCUAGCUUGGCUUCUACUGGAGUUGGAGUGGUUAAAGUGGUCAGCACAGUCCCAGCCACAGUUUUGGUUGAUCAAGUUGGAAGUAAAACAUUUCUGUGCAUUGGCUCUUCUGUUAUGGCAGUAUCAUUGGUCACCAUGGGGUUAGUGAACCGUAACAUACAUGUGAAUUUCACCAGCGUCUGUAAAAGCCAGUCUCUGGAGGAUUCCUUUCUUCAUAGACCAGGAAACCUGAGCAGUCUCACCAAUGAUAGUCUCAAGGACCUCUUUGCUAGUAUGGCUUCACAGGAAAGAAUAUCAUUCAACAUGCAGAGAAAACCUGACAUUGCUGGGACAGGAGAACAGAACAGAACUGCUUUGGCGGGGGGCAAAAGCACUACAGGAUCUCACACGGAAAGCGAGGAAGUUCCUGUUGUCCUGAAAUGGCUCUCACUGGCUAGCCUGCUGGCUUAUGUUGCUGCAUUUUCCAUAGGUCUUGGACCAAUGUCUUGGCUGGUACUGAGUGAAAUUUUCCCUGGUGGGAUCAGAGGACAGGCCAUGGCUUUGACCUCUAGCAUGAACUGGGGUAUUAAUCUCCUCAUCUCCUUGACAUUUUUGACUGUAACUGACCUUAUUGGCUUGUCCUGGGUGUGUUUCAUUUACACAGUAAUGAGUCUAGCAUCCCUAGCUUUUGUUAUUGUGUUUAUACCAGAGACAAAACGAUGUUCUUUGGAGCAAAUAUCCAUGGAACUAGCUAAACAGAAAUAUGUGAAGAGCCCCUUGUGCUGGGUGAGCCAGUGCAGAGAGAAACUGGUGCCAGUGGAACCUCCUCGGAGGGAGAAGGAACCGUUCUACUAGAGCCAAGGGUGGCCAAGGCAGAUGCGGACUGAUGCAAAAAACGUUCAGCGAUGCUUGCACUGUGAUGGGACACUCCCUACCUUUGUUAUACACAAGAUAUUCUCUCUAUCAUUCUUUAGUAGAGCUUCUUCCAGGGGGCAGUUUACAGGCAAUGUUAAACAUUGUUGCAGUUUAUAACUUAUUAGAACCCUAGGCUCAGUCUAUUUUAAGGCAGAAUCUCUCACCCCCCCUGCAUUUACUCUUCUAUUAAAAACAGGAGGUGAAUGGAAACUGGAAUUUUGUGCACAAUUCUAGUUACCCAUAUUCAAGACGAGUUCUUACUGGAACAGGUGGAAAGAACUACUGGGAUGACAAGGAGAAUGAAAAGCCUGUCUCUUAGCAGGAGACUGGAAAAGAGAGAUCUGUUUAGCCUAGCAAAAAGGGUUAACAGCUCUCUGUUAAGACAUUAGGGAAAUCAACACCAUGGAGAAAAAAUAGACAACUAUGGAAGAUACUGUUUGAUGUUAGUACAAAACAACUGGGUAUGAACCAUUUAUGGAUGAAUUUAGGCUUGAACUUAACAAGACUUGACAAAGAGGCUUAUCCAUCAGAAUUUGAACAGUUAUAAUACAGAGCAUGCUCAGUUUAUAAAAGGAAAUUUUACAUGUGGUUUCCUGAGAUGGCAAGGGCCAGGAUUCAGUGACUUAGGUUAUACCCCUAACAUAUUAAACAGUCGAAUUUUUUAAUGUGGGAACAGUCACAUCAUCAACUAUUUUAGACUGAGGGUAGCCCUACAGAAAGGGAGACAAGAUUUCUUUGGCUUCCCAGUCCAGCAAAGUUGGAAGCUGGAGCAACCAGAGUUGUCUCCAAAAUCAUUUUAUUUCUCAACAUAGGCCACAUUAGACUUUGACUUUUGGAUUCAGAAAGAAUUAUGUGGUACAGGACAGCACAAAGGGAUUUCUGAAAGAGUAAUCACUGCAAGUCAUAAGCUAAGUGACUCUAAAAGACUGGUUAUUGCUUAGCAAAUGCAUUCUGAAUACUUAACAAGCCUCUGCAAAGGGUUAUCUACACCGCUCCCUAAAAAGAACUUAGUCUAUUUUUUCUAAAAGAUGAAUACAUUUUGAUAAUAUAGUCAUCAAUACAUAAAUAUUUUCUAGAAGAUAAAUAAAUGACCAAAGAACCUACAGAACACUUUAAAAGCUUGCUGGCUGUCUCAGCAGCCACACAGAGGCAUUUCUUCCAGCAUUUAAUUGAGGAAGCAAGACUGACACUGUCAGCUGGAGUGUAGAUACUACUUUGAACCAGACACAUGAUCCCACUUUAUUUGCUGUCUCAUAGCAUUAAAACCACCUGACUGUGUCCUGCACUAAAGGAACAAGAACUUACUCAUGUAGGCAAAGUUUUCACCAGAUCAGAUCAGUCCUGAUCAGAUCCUAAAAUUAUCACACUUCUAGAUACUGACAUUGUAAAAUUUGAAAGAGAACAUUAUUCAUAGAUGAGCUUAUGCUCAAAAUCUGAAAAGAAUCUAGUGAGGCUAAGGACAUGAUUUAUCAGAAGUCACUGGAAAUUUAGCUACCUCAAAAUGGGAUCCUGCUGAUUCAGAUCUGUACCACAACUUUCCUGCAUCAUGAGCUUUUAGGGAACUAGUAUCUAAAAUCUGUUGGACUUCCCUUAUAAAGGUCAGGUAAAUGGUCAUCACAAUGCAGGACUAUGCAGAUCCUGUGUCAUCUAAGACAAGGGAAACUCUGGACAAAACUUCCAGAGCUUUUCUUGUUUUAGAUGACAUAGGAUUUGCAUCUUGGACCAAACUGCUAGGCAACUGGCCAGCUGGUUAGUUUAUGGGUGCCUUAUUUCUUCUGUCCUGAUCCUAGUGCCAUCAGUCCUCACAAUAACCUCAUGAAUGCCACAAGCCUGGGCCAGUUUCAAGAAUGCUUAUGAUGGUAUACAUAAAGCUCAGCAAGAUAACCUUUUUGGCAUCCACAAAAUAGCAGGAAUUAAGUAAACACUCUAUAUUUCUCUUCUGAUAAGGGUACAUAUGAGCCCUUUCAACAUGUUGCAUAAGAAGCAAUAAGAGACCAAGCACAUGCAGGACACAGAUGGCAGGGCUGCGCACCCGAGCUGUAGGCAACUCAGACUUGAAGCCUCAUCAGAAGCAGAAAGCAUAAAAGUCUUUUGUUCUUAUUCGCUGAAGGAUUAGCCAAGCUGCAGGGAAUCUGGUGGAUUGCCAUCCCAAAUUAAAAUUUCACCUUGGAUCUGAGACGCUUUCCCCUUUUGAUAAUUUUUUCUUUUUCCUCAAAGCCCUCUGUGUGUUUGGUCGUGAUUAACUGGAAAUUUUCAGCAAAAAUUGAAGAUGUGCUUAGAAUUUUGUUUGAGCUCUACAGUUCUGAUACUGACCACAAGAGGAUAGAAGAAAAGAUCCCUUUGUGCCUGUGUGGGAGAGAUCCCCUAUAGCAUUCCUCUUCAUAUUCCCCUGACCUCACCAGAAACAGUUUACUCAACGCUGCAGCACCAGGAAUUGGCAAGGAGUAUUCCUUUAACUUCUAAAAACCACCAGAAAAAGGAUGGAAAAAGCACUAGUGCUCAGCCAUGGAAAAGUAUCAUGGUAGCAGGGAAGGGAGAAAGCUGGAGAGCUGGAGAAUAGAAGGGUUCGGAGCAAUGGGAGAGAAGCUGUGGAUGAGGAAGGCACAUGGAAAAAUGGGUGGACUUUUGGAAAUGCAAGAGGACGUGAGGUCACAAAUUGACUCUGGCAGUGGGGGGAAAAGGGCAGCUGUUUUUCGGUGUAGUUCUUUUAUACAAAUAAGGCUGAAUUUUUUAACUAAAAUAUCAGUUAACUCAGAUAUAUCUUGUCAGCAAUUCAAAAAACAGAAGGUGGCCCAAAACUUACAAGAUUUGUGGUUAUUUUUUUUUUUAGUUUUGUAAUGCUCUGUUCAGAAUUCUGAUUUUUGCACUCUUGGGAUCAACUCACUCUGUGACAGAGUCUUUUUGUUUGUUUGUUUGUUUUUAAAACUAUAGUAUGCCCAAGUGAAGAGUAAAAAUAGUGAAGAGUUGAAAAAUAUCAAUGCCUUAUCGCUAGAGAAAAUAACACAUUCUAUUAUUGAAACUGAAAGAAUAAUAAAAUAUGGGACACACUGUCAGUGCCAUGCUUUGC